UAUUUUAUAUAUAUAUUUUAUAUUUAAAAUUUUAAUAUGUGUAGUUCUUAUCUUACAGAAAAAUCGAGAUAAAGAGAUGCACAAAAUGUAUAAAGCGCGAUUAAAGGAACACAGAUAUCGUAUUUUUAUCCGAUACUUUAAAUCAAUAUACAUUCGUCCACUAAACUAAUACCACGUGUAUUAUGUUGUCUUAUGUCAAAUCGCGUGGAUUACAAUCUUAUUAUUAUUAAGAAUGUUUAUGAAGAGGAGAAGAUUCAAUACCGUAGAUUAUGAAUCAACAGAUCCAGGAAAGUAUAAGAAGCAGUGGAUCGAGAUGGGCAGUAAUUAUCUCUUCGUUUUAUUGGGAUUAACUGUGCAUUUGAUUCUGUUAUGGGGUGUGUUAGACGUUAAUUUUCACUCGCCUAUUAUAAAAGGACUGCCAGUCGUAUCGGCGCCAAGUGGGGCGCCAGCUAAAAGACUGCUGCUUUUCGUGGCGGAUGGCUUGAGAUUUCAGACAUUCAUGGAAAAACCACCGCCUUAUCUCAGGUAUACAAUGAAAAAUAAGGGUGUUUGGGGAAUAUCUCACACAAGAGUGCCUACAGAAUCUAGACCAGGACAUGUUGCAAUUGCUGCUGGGUUAUAUGAGGAUCCCAGUGCUAUCUUCAAAGGAUGGCAGGAAAAUCCAGUGGAUUUUGACUCUGUCUUUAAUCAGAGCUAUGCUACUUGGGCUUGGGGCAGUCCAGAUAUAAUUCCGUUGUUUACAAAAGGUAGCAAACAAAAUGUUCAUGGACAGAGUUAUCCAUCCACUUGGCAGGAUUUUGAUGCCAAUUUGGGUAAUCAGACAACACGCUUGGACUCUUGGGUGUUUGAUGCUUAUUUAGAAUGGUUGCAGUCCUCAUCCGAAGCAGUGAGAAAUCAAAAUGGAAUAAUUUUUUUCCUUCAUUUGCUUGCAUGUGAUACUCUGGGACAUGCUAAAAAACCACAUUCUAGAGAGUAUGUAGAAAAUAUGAACUAUGUUGAUCAGAGAAUUGAAGAGGUUGUGAACAUGACGGAAUACAUUUUUGGAAAAGACACAACCGCUUAUGUAUUCACAGCGGAUCAUGGAAUGACCAAUUGGGGAUCUCAUGGAAGUGGCUUGCCAUCAGAAACUGAAACGCCGUUAAUCGUUUGGGGAGCAGGAGUCAAAUCAUCUGGUUUUCGUCAAGAUGUUGAACAAGCGAGUAUAACUCCUUUGAUAGCAUCUCUAAUAGGAAUUCCUAUUCCUACAAAUAAUGAAGGUACAUUACCAUGGCAGUAUUUCGACAUGGGUUAUCACAGAUAUGUUGCACAUUCUUUACUUAGCAAUGUAAAGCAACUUAUGCACCAAGUAACUGAAAAUCGUGCAAUAAAUUGUGAAAGUAAUAUCGACUGGCGAGAGACGCAGUUAAAUGACAAAAUUCGUAAAGCCGUAAAACAUGUUAGGGAAGGAAAUGUGAUGGCAGGAAUUCAAAAGGCUGAUGAAGCAAUUAAUUUUAGCAAAGAAGCCUUAUUAUACUUCAGACAAUACCAACGUAUACGAUUUUUAGUAUACUUGUCGAUAAUGUGGAUUGGCUGGAUAAUUAUGUUAUUCUUAAAAAUAACUGGAGUGAAGCAUCGACACGUACAGACUUCUGUAUUGCUAUUAGUAAAUAUUGGAUUUGCAAGUUUACUGAUAAUAAUGUUUAUUAGACAUAUAACAUCCGAUUGCAGUAACUGGAGAUUACCGUGCUAUGCGUCCUUCGCUAUAAUAUCUGUCUGGCUUACCGUUGUUACUGUAAUCACAUCGACUCCUGUAUUCAUAGAAAGAAGCACGGGAGAAUUAUUCAUAGACAUUGGUGGCACACUAUUUUUACUAAUAAUAUCAUUCGUUGGACUGACAUAUAGGUUUGCUUUCAGCAUAGGAAUAUUGUCUCUUAUAUUGAUACAAGUGGCAAAAUCAAAAGAUACUCCAGCUUCUAUGGUAUGGACAUCAAUCGCACUAUGUGUGUUUUUAUUAUUGCCUGUUGUGGAACCAUACCCACGCAUUUACAUUGUGAUAAUUAGCAUAUGUGUAGCAAUAGCCAUAGUGAUCGUCAAUACGUCGCAAAGCGAUAUAUUCCAAAGAAUAAUAGAAAUUCUACGUUUGAUCAUUACAAGUCUUAUAUAUUUAGAAUUUAUUGAUGGUCGAAACUGGAUAUCAUGGAUUAUCCUACUGACUACACCAUUGAGCAUUUGGUUUUAUCCAAUAGAAACGACGAAAAGAAUGCUGGGUGUAAUGCUUGGAUUUUUCUGCCCUCUUGCGUUAUUAUCGGCAUCUUAUGAACCUCUUUUCUUUGUAACACUUACAAUCAAUCUAAUUUGUUGGUUGCAAGCUAUUCGAAGCUCAAAGAAUUCAGAAGAAGACGACACGGGAGACUUGAUCAAAGCGGCGUUUUUUAUGUUGUACGUAUUAUUGUCUUUCUUCGGCACAGGAAAUAUGGCGAGCAUUAGCUCGUUCGAUCCAUCUUGGACGCGCCACUUUGUCACCGUUUUUUCCCCAUUUUUAAUGACAUCCUUAAUAAUUUUUAAACUUAGCAUUCCUUUGAUAAUAGUGGGAUGCAUAAGCUACUCUUUAGAAUCACAAGACUAUAAGAAGCCUAUCUCUUUAGCCGUUCUCUUUUUAGGCGAUUGUUUGUCGCUGCCUGUAAUGUAUUGUGUCACACCAUAUGGCAGUUGGCUUGACAUCGGUAGUGCUAUCAGUAAAUUCAUUAUCGUUAUUUCUCUUCCCUGUCUUUUUGUACUGUUACGAUAUCUUUCGCGUCCACUUAUGAAAUUGAACUUGGAACGAUUUCGAGUUAAUCUGCUGUCUCAAAAAACACAUAUCGUGUAGAUUUCUUAGACAUAUAAAGUUAUUUAAAAAAAUUUAUAAAAAAUUAUUAAAUUAUUAAUUUCUAUUGAAAUUAUUUUUUGACAAGGCAUUUUAUCUUAGAAAAAUAAGCAUAUUUAAGACCAAUAAAAAUAAAUAUACCAAAGUAUAAAUAUUUAAUAUGUGAAAUUUAAAUGACAUGAACAAAAUAUUAUUUAAUUUUACUUAAACUUAAUAGCGACUAAGAUUGUUAGGAGGAAAUUGCCAACAGGCAAAACAUUCAUGUUUGUCAUUGUCAUUUGAAAUGUGUAUUUAACUAAAAAAUUGAAUAAGUGCAUCUUAGUGUAUGUAUAUAUAUUCGAAUGAGAUCUACAUUCUCUUGUGUAAUCUACAUUCUCUUGUGUAUUUGUAUUACAUAAAAAUAGAUAAUUAUUCUAAUUGGAAAAUAUGCAAUUAUUCAUAGUGUUACCAUUAAUACAGUGUCUAUCAAUCACUCAUGUAACAUGUAAACAUGAAAUAUAAAAGUCAUUUUUAAGC